CCCGCGCUCUUCGGCAAGUUCCGCAGUCGCUUGUCGGAAAUGGCUGCCCGCCGGCAGGGGGAGCGGAGGGUCCGGCGCGGCCUGGUAGGCGGGCGGCAGGCGGCGAGAGCGGCUUCGGGGACCCCGAGCUUCGCACAGGCGGCAGCGGCUCGUCCCUGAACUGGACGCCGGUAGGACUGCUGGCGGCGGCGGGAGCCCUGAGCGGCCGGGGCGGCGGAGACUUAGCCAUGGAACCUGGAGUUCACUGUUCCAAGAAAUGGUUCACUGAAGUCUAAUGCUGCAUGAGUCAGCGAAGGGAAGGACCCUAAAACACGGCCUGAUUGUUGGCAAUGACUUCAGUAAGAGGCUGGCAUUUAUUUCAGUUCUAACCAGCCACUUUAUAACCGUGGAGAGUAACUAUGCAUACUUGUUUGUCAGCAAAACCAAGGAGCAAGAGCUAUGGCAGUUGACAAAGUCUGUCUGACUCCAGGGUGUUUUUGUUGCGUGUCAUCAUCAGGAAUCGUCUCCAUUUCAUCUCAUCGACAAUGUGGUACCUUUUACCAUUUGAUAAAGAUUAAAGACAUGUUCUUUGGUCACCAACCAGAACUUAACAUCUGCUGGAAUAAGGUCAGAGAUGAUUUCAUUCACAGCUGAGGAAAAUGAAAUUUCCAUUUUAUUUGGUGCCUUGUAUAGGGAGCAGACAAACUCUUACAGAAAUGUGUGAGUGAACAGAGAUUGAGUUUAUUCAACAGUAACUCAUGGUUAUGGCGAGUGACCCGACGUGAUCGGAGGGGGCUGGAGCCGCAGAGGAACUCAUGACGGGCUAUACCAUGUUGCGCAGCGGGGGAGUGGGGAAUGGGGGUCAGACGUGUAUGCUGCGCUGGUCCAACCGUAUCCGGCUCACGUGGCUCAGCUUUACCCUCUUCAUCAUUCUGGUGUUCUUCCCCCUCAUUGCUCACUAUUAUCUCACCACCCUGGACGAGGCCGAUGAGGCAGGCAAGCGGAUUUUCGGUCCACGGGCUGGUAACGAGCUGUGCGAGGUGAAGCACGUGCUGGAUCUCUGCCGGAUCCGCGAGUCAGUGAGCGAAGAGCUCUUGCAGCUGGAAGCCAAGCGGCAGGAGCUGAACAGUGAGAUCGCCAAGCUGAACCUGAAGAUUGAAGCCUGUAAGAAGAGUAUUGAGAAUGCCAAGCAGGACCUGCUGCAGCUCAAGAAUGUCAUCAGCCAGACGGAGCAUUCGUACAAAGAGCUGAUGGCUCAAAAUCAGCCCAAACUUUCCCUGCCUAUCCGAUUGCUCCCAGAGAAGGACGACGCUGGCCUCCCUCCCCCAAAGGUCACGCGAGGCUGCCGGCUGCACAGCUGUUUCGACUAUUCCCGCUGCCCUCUCACCUCCGGCUUCCCGGUCUACGUUUAUGACAGUGACCAGUUUGCCUUUGGCAGCUACCUGGACCCCUUGGUCAAGCAGGCUUUUCAGGCUACAGCACGAGCCAACGUUUAUGUCACAGAGAAUGCGGACAUCGCCUGCCUGUAUGUGGCAUUAGUGGGAGAGAUGCAGGAGCCAGUGGUGCUGCGGCCCGCCGACCUUGAGAAGCAGCUGUAUUCUCUACCGCACUGGCGGGCAGAUGGACACAACCAUGUCGUCAUCAGCCUGUCACGGAAGUCAGGCACACAGAAUUUACUGUAUAAUGUCAGUACAGGCCGCGCCAUGGUGGCCCAGUCCACCUUCUAUGCUGCGCAGUACAGACCUGGCUUUGACUUGGUAGUGUCGCCACUAGUCCAUGCCAUGUCGGAGCCCAACUUCAUGGAGAUCCCGCCACAGGUGCCAGUUAAGCGGAAGUAUCUCUUCACCUUCCAGGGUGAGAAGAUCGAGUCCCUGAGGUCCAGCCUUCAGGAGGCCCGCUCCUUCGAGGAGGAGAUGGAGGGUGACCCGCCAGCUGACUAUGAUGACCGUAUCAUUGCCACCUUAAAGGCCGUACAGGACAGCAAGCUCGAUCAAGUCUCGGUAGAAUUUACCUGCAAAAACCAGCCUAAACCCAGCCUGCCUACCGAGUGGGCUCUGUGCGGGGAGCGCGAGGACCGCCUGGCAUUGCUGAGGCUCUCCACCUUCGCCCUCAUCAUCACCCCCGGGGACCCGCAGCUGCUCAUCUCGUCUGGGUGUGCGACGCGGCUCUUCGAAGCCCUGGAGGUCGGUGCUGUCCCAGUUGUGCUGGGGGAGCAAGUACAGCUUCCUUACCAGGACAUGCUGCAGUGGAAUGAGGCGGCCCUGGUGGUGCCUAAGCCGCGCGUCACCGAGGUUCACUUCCUGUUACGAAGUCUCUUGGACAGCGAUCUGCUGGCUAUGAGGCGGCAGGGCCGCUUUCUCUGGGAGACUUACUUCUCAACUGCUGACAGUAUUUUUAACACCGUGCUGGCUAUGAUUAGGACUCGCAUCCAGAUUCCAGCUGCUCCCAUCCGGGAAGAGGCAGCAGCUGAGAUCCCCCAUCGUUCAGGCAAGGCGGCUGGGACCGACCCCAACAUGGCCGACAAUGGGGACCUGGACCUGGGGCCGGUGGAAACCGAGCCGCCUUAUGCCUCACCCAAAUACCUCCGCAACUUCACUCUGACUGUCACUGACUUUUACCGCAGCUGGAACUCCGCUCCAGGGCCUUUCCAUCUUUUCCCCCACACACCCUUUGACCCCGUGUUGCCCUCAGAGGCCAAAUUCUUGGGCUCGGGGACUGGAUUCCGGCCUAUCGGUGGGGGAGCAGGGGGUUCUGGCAAGGAGUUUCAGGCUGCCCUUGGAGGCAACGUUCCACGGGAGCAGUUCACGGUAGUGAUGUUGACUUACGAGCGGGAGGAAGUGCUUAUGAACUCAUUGGAGAGACUGAAUGGCCUCCCGUACCUGAACAAGGUAGUGGUGGUCUGGAAUUCGCCCAAGCUACCGUCAGAGGACCUUCUGUGGCCUGACAUCGGCGUCCCCAUCAUGGUGGUCCGGACUGAGAAGAACAGUUUGAACAAUCGAUUCCUGCCCUGGAAUGAAAUCGAGACGGAGGCCGUCCUGUCUAUUGAUGAUGAUGCUCACCUCCGCCACGAUGAAAUCAUGUUUGGGUUUCGGGUGUGGCGGGAAGCACGGGACCGCAUUGUUGGGUUCCCUGGCCGUUACCAUGCGUGGGACAUCCCUCACCAGUCCUGGCUGUACAACUCCAACUACUCCUGUGAGCUGUCCAUGGUGCUGACAGGUGCUGCCUUCUUUCAUAAGUAUUACGCCUACCUGUAUUCUUACGUGAUGCCCCAGGCCAUCCGAGACAUGGUGGAUGAAUACAUCAACUGUGAGGACAUUGCCAUGAACUUCCUCGUCUCCCACAUCACCCGGAAGCCCCCCAUCAAGGUGACCUCACGGUGGACUUUCCGAUGCCCGGGAUGCCCUCAGGCCCUGUCGCACGAUGAUUCCCACUUUCAUGAGCGGCACAAAUGUAUCAACUUCUUUGUCCAGGUGUAUGGCUAUAUGCCCUUACUGUACACUCAGUUCAGGGUGGACUCUGUGCUCUUCAAGACCCGCCUGCCCCAUGACAAGACCAAGUGCUUCAAGUUCAUCUAGGGGCAUGGCUGGUUCCGGGAGAGGAUAGCAGAGCGAGGGAGGUGGCGCCUACGGUUCCUAGACUUGAAGGACCUCGGGGCCAUCCGCUGGGUGGGUGGCCCAAGUCCUCUGCUGCAAGAGGCAGCAGGAGCGCGGAAAAGAAAUCGCCUUCUUUCUCUUGAAGUCGGCCACACUGGGCCUGGAACCCUGGCCAGAGGUCACUGGGGUUCCCUACACAGGGCACUGACCGAUAGCGUACACUGAGGGCCGGGGCGGCUCCGGAGAGUCACCCACACAGUUCAUAAUAAGCCCAGGACAGUUGGUUUGUGGUUUUUGAAUUCAGUAACAACUAUUAAUAUUAUUUAAAGAGAAAAAGUUUCAGAUUUGCCAUUCAAGGCUUAUUUAUAUAUAUGUGUGUAUAUAUACAUAUAUGUGUGUGUGUAUAUAUAUAUAUGUGUGCACACACACACUCACAUACAUAUACAUAUACAUAUACAUAUAUAUAUAUAUAUAUAUAUAUGUAGUGGGGUGGGGGGUGACAUUUCUGCCUGUUCCACAAGGCUCCUGACCACAAGGCUCCUGAUGCUCUCUGUCUCUCUGUUUUGGUGGAGACAGAUCCUGGCCUUGCGGUGUCUGGCUCGUCCUUAAAGGUCACUUCCGUCCUUCCAGGAGCAUCUGUGGUGCCAGGCUUGGCCCUCUUGGGACCUUGGGCCAGAUAAGACCUGUCAGUUCGUUUCCCCCUCUCUGUCACCAGCCGGUGGUCUGGAGCUCGUACUCUGCUGUCACUUGAGUUACUGGGGACAACCUGUACCUUUGGGAACAGCUGAGCCUGUUGUGCUGAAUUCGGAGGCGUGCAGAUCCGUCAGAGGUCGGCUGGCCCCGAGGUGUCCCUGCAGUGGAAGGCUGAGGCGGGAGGGAGGCUGAAGACGGCACCCCCCAGGCGGCUGCCUCUGUGGGGCCCUCCUUUCGGAAAGCAUGCUGGGCUCUGCUUCCAGGCUGUCCUGAAGAUUGUCUCUUGUAUAAGGGAAUAGAAAACGGGCCAGCUGCAUGUCCAGAGGUGGCCUGGAGGGGUCUGCAGGCUGGCCUGCUGUCUGGGGUGUAGAACAGCGCGUAUCCUCUGGACCCCCACCCGGCUGGCCGGGGAGUCUCACGGCAGGGUGCCUGCCGUGGCAUAAAUACCUUGGUGAAAUUCACCUUCCCUCCUGCCUUUGUCUGGACCCACAUCCUGUGUUACCUGUAGUUUUUGGACCCCACAUGCCAGGUUGGUCCCAGGACCCCCCAGGUUUGGUAUGCAGCGGGCCACUGAGGCCCUGCGCUCUGCUGGCUUAAGCUGAAACCCACCCUGAGCCUUCACAGGCUUUCACACCUGAUGUUACCACUUUCCCCUCUGCGUUUACAUUUCUGUUCUCUGGGCUGAAAUGGAAAUAAGCUAAUUUUUUUUUUUUUUCUGGUGGCAGCAUUAGAGGAGCCGAAGAGGGUAUUAGUGGCAUUUGGCAGGGAUUCAGCCAGUGACUUCUACCAUUUUUCUGGAUUCCACUUUCUUCCGGUGAAGUUGAGAAUAGGCGGUUUCCUGCCACUGAACAAGCUCAGGUCUGUCCUGGCCGUGCUCAUGCCUUAAGCCAGUUCUGUCCUCCCCAGACCUUGAUACCUGUGCUUCUCCUCCUUGGGAGCACAUUCUCCUCUGACCUGCCUGUACAGAUAGGUUCUCUGCAAGUAUCUGCAAGUACUGUUCUGAAGCCAGACUGUCCUGUAGAUGCCACCCACCUACAGGGCCAGCUUGACCUAAGGGACUGCUCGUCAGCAAACAGGACCAGAGCUGCUCCCAGAGCGUGUGCCCUACAGGUUCCCACUGGCAUCUUCUUGUAGCUCUGCUACUCAGGCAGCUGCCUGGGAAACUGAGUCAUGCUUGUUAGCAACCUGGCAAAGGGUCCUCCCGGUGUCCUAACUGUCUAACCAGCCCUUCCUCGACUUCAGACUUUAUUCUUUUUAGCAGUAGCCUUCUUCCCACCGGGGAGCCAAAGAGUGUGGUGUUUUGAGCUGUGUGGCUGCUAUUUUUACCUUGUUUCUUUUAAUGUGAGGAACUCAUCAACUGACUCCCAGUGGGGCCUGCUGAGAAGUAAGCCGUCUGUGUUAGGAGCCCUAAGGGGAGCCAGGCGGCUGGGUCGCUGAGGACUGUCGGGAGCUCCGGGAGUAGCUGAAUGGUCUGAGGCCAAGGAUGACAUCAAGGUGUCCUGCAGGGCGGGUUAUGACGUCAGAGCUGCAGACAAGGAGAGCGCCAUUUGGACGUGCAUGACACUAAGGAGGGGCUCCAGAAGCAGGCCCUGGUGCCCGGCCGUGUUCCUGAAGGGUGCUCCGCAGUAGCAGGGGGCAGGGUGGGUUAGGAGAGGCCCAGCAGCACACCGAGCAUGGGGACCCCUGGACAUAAAACAGCUCUGCGGGCCCAUGUGGGCGUUCCCAGCUGUCUUCAGGCACCUCCUGGUCGCCUGGUCUUUGCGCCCAGGGCCCAGGACGUCCCUGGCCUCCAGCUAGCCAGUUUGCCCUUCACGGAGCAAGCGCCUCCCUGGGUGCCCCGAAGCAGUCUGAGCUCCGCACCCCGGCCGGGUUCUCCAUCCGGUGUGGACAGCACCCCUCCAGUCGGCAGGGCCUGACGGGCGGGCAGAACCGGCUCUCCAGUGGCUGCUGCGCCUCUCUGGGGCUCCUGGUUUGAAAUGAUGGUAUUUCGAAGGGGGAAGCUCUUUGACCUCCAUGCCGUGUCCAUCCACCCCACCCCUUUUCCAGUCAUGAGCACAAUGGUCUUACAUUGGAUUUUUGUAAAAAAAUAAAAAUAAAUGGAGACUUUAACUCAAGCAGCUUGGAGGUCU